GGUGACCACAUCUUAUGCCCAUUGUUUAACCACGUGUUUGGUAGGUUUUGUUGACAGUUCAACGGCCUAGCGAUGGGAAGGCGCAUUCUCAUCUGAAUUCCAAUCUUACUUAUUUAUCUUAAAACGGAAUCUGCGAUGUAGGACUUGCUAUGUCAAUUCUAAAAGGGAGAAAAUCCCUGGAAAGGGUGCAGUCUGUGCAUUUUGCUACAGUCUCUGCCUCUGCCUUGACCGCUAUUGAAGAGAAGAGUGAAAAUGAUGAUCUAUCCCACUCGUCAUCGGAGGCCAUCCAAGGGAUAGAAGAAAAUGAUAAACCUGGUGAUCGUGAGGAUAUUCUGGUAUCGGAGAAAAUUUCACCGACAGUGAUUGUAACACCUGACCAGGAAGAUGUGGAAGGUAACUCUCAAAACAUAAAGGUAUCAAGUACAGAGAAUAGCAGCAAUGUUAAUUACAGGAAAUGUGCUCCAGAAAAGUUCGGAGCAGUUGCAGCGGAUUAAAAGUAACCUUGGCAGUACGUCAGCCUCAGAACUUAGCACGGCUACAUCCAUGGAAACCGAUAUGAACAGAGGAAAGAAGUCUGGCAAGAAAACCAAGAGCAGAAAGUCAAACGUCAAUAGUACAAGGAGACGAUCCAGUGAAUCCGAGAGUAAGAAACCACCCAAGCAGAUGAAAGCAGAAAAAAUUACCAAGACUACAAAUAAAGGGACUGCAACUGAGACAUCCAAGGUUGUUCAGACUGAGGUCAAGAUCAUCUCAUCUUUCAAGGCAAAUAUGACACCUACACCAACCUCAUUUGAUUCAGUAAGUAAUUUACCACAGCGAAGAAAAAACAGGAUGGAGGAUUUAAUACAAAGUUAUGGAGACCCCGAUCAACGUUCACCAGAUAUUUCUUCAGCUUCUCCUAUGUCACCACAUCUUCUGCACUCCUCUCCUCCAAAUGCACUCAUCCAACGGUUUGGAAAUGUGUAUCGUGCAUCAAGGAUGUGGGAUAAGGGUGAAGAUAAUGCAUGGGAGAGAAGGCAAGUGCAUGGUUCCGACUCGGAUCAGUCACAGCAUUCCAGUACAACAGUGUCCGAUUCUGAGGCUGAUGAAUUCUCCCUAGCUAAAGUGCCUAUGAGGAAAACAAAAAGUGAUCUGUAUUCUUCAAAUGUCAUCAACGUUCUCUACAACUUGGAAGUCCUGAAGAAAAAGCGAAAGAAAAAAAAAAUUCGUGAUCAAGUCAAAUCUAUCAAAGGGAGAGUAUACCAGGCCCUGAAAAAUAUGGACAUGCAUUUGGAUUCUUCUGACGAAGAGGAAGAGGCAAACAUGAGGCUGCCAUCUAUCUUCCCAGCUGUUGUCAAGAGAGAAGAGGAGAAAAGACGAUCCAAAAUUUUAGAGGGAACCAUUCGUUACGUUGGUAAAUGUAACCAUAGAUACCAAAUCAUCAGCGAGGUCAAUGAUUGGAUCUCCGAUCCAAGUAGUCUGGCUGACAGCAUGGUUCCUGAUGAAGAAAUGGAAAAUGCUCUUGUGGAAUAUGAGGACAUCCAUCAAAAUGUCUUGGAAAUACUGGACCAGUUCAGCGAUACCAGUGACAAAGUGGUCCAGUUAGGUGGUCAGCUGCUGAAGGAGGCCAGUAACAUCAUCAAGGAGAAUGAACUGCAAGCAAAAAAGAUGCAAGCGAAAACGUCAGACUUCAAUAUAGUAUAUGAUGAGCGAGCUCUCCUUUCUGACCCAGUGAAGUGGGACAAUGCAGUUAAAAUGGUUCUACAGACCCUCAAUGAUGCUGUCAAGUGGACAAAGAAUGCUAAUCACAAGCACUUGUAUGGAAAGUGUUCAAAACAAUUCAGGAACAUUUCAGUCGCCAUGUCCAAGAAAGAAUUAGAGCUGAAAGAGAAACGCAAAUCUGUUGAGGAUCUGAAGACGAAAAUGAAUAUGGCAAAGGCUGCUGCCGAGAAACAAAUCAAAGAAAUGGACGAGAUCAAGAAGGUGGUUCGCCGUAUGUCUGUUGAUGUGGAAGAGAAGAAAAACCUUCUGGCUCAGUACGAGGAGAAGAAUAAAACUCUGAUGCGGAAACUUCAGCAAUACGAAUCCCAGAUGAAGACCCUGCAGGCAGAGAUAGAGACAAGAAUCGUGGAGAAAACGGUGACAGUCACCCAGGAGGUAGAGGCUGCUGUUAACAAGAAAUUGAAAAAACCUCCACCUGCCCCAGAGGUCAUCAAAGUGGUUGACUCCUCCACUCAGUUGAAGUUGGAUGAAACAGAGGUCAAGCUAAAGGAAGCACUGGACAGAAUUGAAAUACUGAGAGAGAAACUGAGAGAACUGGACAGACAAUGGAAGCACGAGCAAGAGAAAGUGAGGAUAUUACGGUCGGACCUAGAGAAGGCUGAACGUGCGGCAGAGGAAGCUAUGGAGGCCAUGCCAGAAACCAUUAACAUUAUCGAAAUGCCUGUUGAGGUCCAGCAACAAGAUGUGGAGAAGGAUUCUGCCUAUUACAAGACGCUGCUGUCGGGAAUGAAGAAUGAGUUUAACACAGAGAUCGAAAAGCUCAAAGGCUUCCUGAAAAAAGAACGGUCAAGGAACAUUGCCGCUGUUCGGCGAGUCGAGAACAAUCACAAAGACCAUCUUCAUGCCAUACAGAAAGACACGCUGAGGGUGCUACGUGCCAUCAUACACUUCCGUGAUCAUGUUAUCAACAUUCUGGAGAAGGAAAAUCUGAAAGAGCCUGCUUUCGCUCUCACACAGUUGCCUACUCUUAUCCCAGAGAAGCUUGUUCCUGACCCGCGUGAAAUGCUGGCCUUGUUGGUAGGGAAUGUUGUGGAAUACAUGCACAAAAUGGAGCUAACAUUGGCAAAUGCGUUUCUGGCAAUGCGGAUGGUGGUGAAGGGAGCUAUCGAGGCUCAGAAGGAAUUCGCUCAGCAGCAGCAACUUAUGAAGCCACGGUCUGUCGAUCGUCUCAAGGACGAGGAGUCAAAGGCUCGAGUCAAACAUGUACAGACAGCCAAGAUGGAGACAACCCGUUUGUCACACAGACUGAAAAAGGCCAAGGAACGGCUACAGAAGUUUGAGGAAAUCUCUGAUCUUUCUUCAUCAGACAAGAAGUAUCUUGCAUUGUUGGAACGAUACAGAAUGGUUUGGAAGAUGUACAACCGACUCCAAAAGGAUAUGGAUGUUCUUCAGUCAGAUUUCCAGACUUCUUUGGAAGACCAAAUCAAGGAAAGAGAAGAUUUCAUGGUGACUUCAAUAAGAAUGGAUCUUAAAGAGAGUAAGAAAACCAAUGAAGCCCAAUUGAAGAUGACCAUUGGUGACCAAAAGAGGAAUCUGGACAUUUUACAGAAGGCAUUCGAGGAUAAUAAAAUCUCCAAGGAUCUAUAUGCAAUGGCAGUGUCGCUAAUUAAGAAGGCAAUGGUUGUCCCACAGAAGCGGCUCCGUUACCUUGUGGAGCAGUAUAUAGCUUUUCAGACUGUCAAAGAAACUAGGAACCGCGUAAAAGUGAUUCUGAGCGACGAACACUUGGGCAUGGAAAUGAGGAAAGACAUCAUAAGCUACAUGAAACGGAUUGAUGAGAAGUUUCACAUGAGUAUGACUAUGUGGCAUGAACAGAUGGCCACCCUGGAGAAGGAACGAAGAAAUCUCUUCAAAUCUAUCUGGAGAGUAUUUACGGAUGUUGUCACGGAGACUGGGCUGUUGCUGGUGCACCCUCUCCUGAAGGGGGAUGACGAGAACUCUGUCUACGCCCGUCUCACAGGAGCUCUUAACAGGGACCAACUCCGACGAAUGCUCGCAAAGCGAAAGACCGCUCGAGGAUUUAACCAAAUGCCCAAGUCUAUCAAUGGCUACAAUGCUCUCAACUCGUACAAAAUACACAAGACGUGGCAGACAAAGCUGAAUUUGUUCAACAAGGAUUCGGAUAUUAUCGUGACCACCCCUCAUGUAGUUGAAUAUGACGUCAACAAGCCCUUGAUGAGUGCUAAAAGAAAACUGAUGGAGAAACGCGGAUCUUUCCCACUGGCUACAAGUCAGAAUUAUUUCAUCACCAAAGAGAUGCAGAUACAGGAAUCUUAACAGGUCUGAGGGACACCGCUGCUUGUCUCAGAUCGUAAUCAGAAUCUUGGUUUCCUUCCUUCCAAACCGAUACUGAUGGACGUCGAUACUCACCACUGUUGCCAUGUAACUAUUCCUGCCUGCGCCAAACAAUAUAGAUGAAUCAACACCACUGCUGAUAUCAGAGUAUCGUUUUACAAGUGCAAUAAAAAUAAAGAGCAGCUUU